UUUAGCGAGUGGAAAAAGCCGAGAAGUAACGAUUGAACAUAUUGAUGUGUUUAUUGGAUCGGGGUCGGAAUAUUUAAGUUUUCGUUUUGUAUUACCUUGACUCUAAAUAUUACUUCAUCUGUCUGCAAGGUGAUUUCGAUAGAAAAGUCGAAGUCAAGAUGUUUGGCAGACAAUUGGUCACCAAAGGGUCAUGCCAAUGGAGGAACAUUGCAGCUAGAAACCUUCACCUCUCAGGGGCAGUUUAUCAAGCACAGCAAAAAGCCACUGACCCAAUCCAGCAGCUGUUUGUGACCAAAAUUAGAGAAUAUGCCCAGAAGAAAAAACAGCUAAAGUCUGGAGAGGUGCUGGUUGAUGCUUCACCAGAAGUGGUACAGAACUACAGUGAUAGCUUAAACAGAAUUUAUAAAAUGUACAACUUAACGGAAGCCAACUCAAGAAAUGUACCAGAACUCAAAUUUGAAGAUAAGGCAGUGGAAAUUACUGCACUUGAAGGUAUAGAGAUGAAAAAUUUCACCACUGAACUUCCUGAGGAUAAAAUUGAACUUGCUGAGGAUAAUCCUCAUAAUCUGGAGUUUAACCAGAGAGUAUUUGGAUACAGUCCUGAAAGAAGUACUGAUGUUGAUGUACCAUCUAAGAUCAAGGCAUGAUCUAAUGCCAGAGUGUAGUGAAAACCUCACACAGAUUCAUAUUGACUUUAUAAAGAGACCUUAAAGUGCUGAGGACGAUAUAUUCUUUUCUUUAAUUUUAUGGUUGACCUCGAGUUGAUAGUUGCACAGAACAUAAAUAAAACAUCAGAUUUGUUCAGA